UUUUAAUGAAAAUGUGAGCUACUGAAUAAUUUCUUCUUAUAUAAAUGGGUGCUAAGCUUUGUUGUUUCGGAGAUAAUGAGAACAAUGCAAAAGACUUGAUUGCUGAAUGCAGUAAUGUGUGUUUUAAGUUCUACGAUAAAAUUGCCAAAGAAAACUUUAAUAUGACAGAUUGUAGAAACUUUCGUGAUGUCUUUUUGAAAUUGAAAGUAGUUAAAAUGUACGGAAAGGAACUUGUUGAAGUAUCGCGAAAAGUCAAUAGUUUUAACCCAAGAGGAGUGAGAGAUAUUCAUUCAAAAAAGGCACUUAAAUAUUAUAAGAGAGUAGGUGGCCUGUUUGCCUUAAGUGACGAUUACUUUUCACAAGUUUUGGCCAAUAUUUCUGUUUUAAGGGAAUUGUCGAAUUUCAAAAAUAUUGAACCAUAUGGUACUGAAGAGUCAUCGAGGCCUCGUGAAGCCAUUACAUUAGCUUUUUAUCCAGAUUUGGAGCGUAUAAUUCGUGCAAGUACUGAUAACGAGGAAAUAAAAUUUUACUGGAUAACAUGGCGUGAAAGAAAUUUGUUGUGGGCCUCACUGGGAUUUUUCACUAUAGUAGAAUCAAUAAAGAAAUCUGCAACAUUUGCAAAUAUACCAGUUCUUGAAUAUUGGUAUCAUUCUCACGAUAGUGAGAAACUAAUACACGAUAUGGAACUGGUUAUGUCAGAAAUCCGACCACUUUAUGUGCAACUUCAUGGAUUUAUACGAUUAGAACUUUAUAAGAAGUAUGGUGCAGGUAUAAUUGAUUUACAUGGCCCGAUUCCAAUACAUUUAUAUCAUCAAGUUAUUAUACAAGCAUGGCAAAAGGACAGUAUUAUUGAAAAAUAUUACAAAUUCGAAGACUUGUUAUCGUAUGAGCAGCUUGUAACUCAAUAUGAUGCCAUGGAACUAAUAACAAUAGCUGAAGAGUUCUUUCACUCGUUGGGCUUUAAACCUUUAGAGAAGGAUUUUGCUAGAAAUCGAUUAAAAGUGCAUGAAGAUGAGAAUAUUUAUAACUGCCAAAUUGAAUUGUAUGAUGUCACACCCAAAACUUACAUGAAAUAUUGUAAAACUGUUGAUUUCGCCAAGUAUUUGCAAUAUCAUCAUAAUUUGUGUAGAAUUUAUUAUGCUAAGGAAAAAGCAAACCUACCAAUGCACUUUUUCAACUCAUACGACUUAGAGUAUUCGGUUGGACAUGCGGUGAUCUUGUCAGUUUGUACACCGAAGCAUCUGAAAACCAUGAUUGAUGAGAACAUUGAAAUAAGUGAUGAUAAACUUAUGAAUCGUUUGCUACAUAUGAGCAUUGACACCUUAUGCAACUUGCAUAUAUAUUUCGUGAACACAAAGGUUAUGCACGAUUUACUUAGUGGCAACAUCGAAAUAUGUGAAGUAAACAAACAUUUCUGGGACUUAAUGGAUAUAUAUGUAGGGGUUGCACCACCAAUUGAGCGCGAACAAAAUGCUAUCGAUUUUACUUAUAAAUUUUACUUGGAUUUGGAACAAAAUCGACAAUUAAAGAAAUUUUUAGGGGUCGUGCUAGGAUAUCAAUUCUACAAAGCGUUUUAUGAAAUAAGUGAUCGGACGGAACCACUUCAAAAUUACGAUUUCUUUAAUAACGAACAAAUUGGCGAAAAUAUACGAGAAAUGAUGUCUUUGGGAUCCUCGAUGUCUUUUUAUGAUGUAAUUGGGGUAAUAUUAACAAAAAAUAAAAAUUUAAGUGCAGAUGGCUUAAUGGACUACUACGCGCCAAUGUUAGCUUGGGUUCAAAGAAGAAACAAAGCGGAGAAAGUAAGGGCUGGCUGGAACUCCAGCAACAUAAAAGUGAAUUGAAAUUAAACCAAUCAAUUCCCGAACUUGUACUAAAACAAAAGAAAAUAAGUAGUCACUUCAUAAAAUAUAUUUUACUAUA